AUGCAGAAGGUGAAGAAAGCCGGUGCCCGCCGCCAGCCGGUGCCCGCCGCCAGCCGGUGCCCGCCGCCGCCGCCAGCCGGUGCCCGCCGCCGCCGCCAGCCGGUGCCCGCCGCCGCCGCCAGCCGGUGCCCGCCGCCGCCGCCAGCCGGUGCCCGCCGCCGCCGCCAGCCGGUGCCCGCCGCCGCCGCCAGCCGGUGCCCGCCGCCAGCCGGUGCCCGCCGCCGCCGCCAGCCGGUGCCCGCCGCCGCCGCCAGCCGGUGCCCGCCGCCGCCGCCAGCCGGUGCCCGCCGCCGCCGCCAGCCGGUGCCCGCCGCCGCCGCCAGCCGGUGCCCGCCGCCAGCCGGUGCCCGCCGCCGCCGCCAGCCGGUGCCCGCCGCCGCCGCCAGCCGGUGCCCGCCGCCGCCGCCGGCCGGUGCCCGCCGCCAGCCGGUGCCCGCCGCCGCCGCCGUGAAUUACAUCCCCAUAAUACCUAAAGCAUUUGUCGCCAGGGCUAUAGCAGCAAAUGAAAAUACAGUAAGUCGAACCCUAAGCCACGUAUGGAAGCCCAACACUCGACCAAUUGCAACUACAAGGGCGACAUUGGUAUCUCCUGUAGAAUGA